AUGACGGCAGACAAUAAUGACGGAUGGGAUGAGUGGGAAGACGACACUUCUCCAUCGCCACCAUUGUCUUUAACCGGAUCUGACCACUUUGAUUGUAUAGAGAAGACGCAGACGUAUCCAGCCGUGUCAAAUUUAUCUUCAGAUGACGAUAGAAAGUGGGGUUUUGAUCUCUCUGAACUUGAGCAUGAGAUGAUGAAUCUACCUCCAAUAACGCCACAUUUUAGCGAUCCUGAUGCUGCUCAGAGCAAUGAAGAAAAGCUUUUAUUUCUCUAUGACGACGUGCCUAAAGCUCUGCAAAUUGGUAGAGAACGAAUGCAAGUAUUGCAGGCGCUAGCGCUUGUUACACGAGUGCAUGUCCUGGCAGUACGUGGGAGCUGUACCGAGCUAGUAAACCAUGUUGAAACCCCUUUAAAACCAUUAAAACUUAUUAUUAAAGAGUUAAAACAAUUGGCUGGAGAAUGGGGGGAUGAAAAUCAAUUGGAAACGACGUUAAAACCGUCCGAACGACAUCAAUUAGAGAAAAUGACCGAGGUAUUGUAUGCUUCUUUAAGUGAAGAGAACGAGAGUUUGAUGCAAUUCCAAGAGGUAUUCGAGCACCUUUUUGAGACUUUACCAGAUCAGAAGCUAGUGAUGUCUACAAAUUGGUUAAAUGCUGCAGAAAUGGAAGAGACGAAGACAGAAAAGAUGAGUUAUGUGCAGCAAAUUCUAGCUGUUUCCAGUAAUGAAGUUGGUACCAAGAGUCAUAUACCGACAUUGUCCGAUGCUGAAAUUCUGCAGGAUGCAAAGGAUAUUGGACGUGAUGAAUUGUUGAUUAAUGGGAUACGAGUGGGAGGGGCAAAAGGAUACGAUGCAGUAGUGGAUGCAUUGCAACGGGAACUAGAACUUGUGCUUGCACGUCAAGUUGGAAUGACACCUGAGCAGACACCUAUGACUGUAAGCAAUGCUUUGCAGUCUGUCGCUAUGGCUGUGGUGCAUGCAAGCAAUCGUACCGAGUCGGGUGGAUGCUCUUACGAACUGCUAAGCAAGUUUCUAAGCAAUCAUAAGAUGAAUCGAGUACUGCUCCGUCCGGAUUCGGCUCGAGCAGCUCCGUUAGAAGUUUACUUGGAUUUGGGUCCGUAUUUAGAAACCAUUCCUGGAUCGAACGAAUCCAUUUGGGCAUUUGGACUGCGUGUGAAGCUUGUUGCUGUGACGUGGUACCUCCUAUGCGACGCCGAGGACCCGACGACGGAAUUGUACGAGAUUGAAACGACAUUUUGCAAUCGUCUCGCCUUCUCAGUUGGACUCACACCGUUUCAUCCACUUGACACGAUGCGUAAAGAUUGCGGUAAUGUUAUCGUCCGAUUCGUGCGUGCAUGUAAGUAA